AUGAUUUUAGAUUUUCCCGAUAAUCUAAAUUCUAGUCAAUCUAUAAUGCCUGAAAAAUAAACAAAAGAUUGGCAUUCAGAUUUGAAGUUUCUACAUUACUUCCCCAAAAAUAAAUGUUUUGGGAAAGAGGAACAAGAAAUUACCAGAAAUAUUAAAAAUAUUGAAAUGCAUUAUAAACAAAAAGUUAUAGAAAUGGUAUCAUAAUUACUAACAGAUGAAUAAGGCACUUUGAAUAUCAUUCCAAAAAAAGCAAACAUAGAUUUGAAGAGAGCAAUCUAACCCAAAUUAGACAAAUUAAAAAAAAAGACAGAAAGAGCCAUUGUGGAUAUAUUGAAUGAUAGAUUUUUGAAAAAAGAAGUUGAUAAAAAAGAAGAAUUCAUAGAACCAUAAACUUCAUCCAUCGUAGAACCAAUAAAGGAUAUAACUAAUGUCUAUGAUAAAGAAAUUGAAAUGGAAGAGGAUGAUUACGACGAUGAUUACGAAACAUUAUGA